AUGAACAAGGAGCAUAAAGCUGAUGGUAUAGCGUCUAAUACCUUUGUUGCUGGUCUUGACAGUGAUUGCUCUAAGAAUUUAAACUUCAAAAGGGCAAAUAGAGAAGGAAGCGAUAGCAUUACUGAUGAGGUAUCAAAUAAGGAAGCAGAUGCUUCAAUAUCAAAUGACAGUGGUGAUAAUCAAUCAGCUAGGAUUAUUGUAGUCAAUUCAAAUGACAAUAAAGGCGUUGCGAAUUUAGGUAUUGAGGCUCGUAGUGACGAAUGUAAUGACGAUGGAAUUAAGGCUUCUAAAAUUGUAGCGGACCCUAGUUCGAAAACAAAUGGGUUAGUGGAAAGUCUUGGUGAAGGUACUGACGUCGGUUCAGAAAGUGAUUCUGAUGAGGAGGAUGAAACUGAGGAGUAUACAGAGGAGGAUGAAGAUGAUGAUGAACCGCCCAUGUUAAAAUAUACACGUAUCACACAGUUACCCCGAAAUUUCUUUCAGAGGGAUUCUAUUUCUGCCUGUAUGUUUCAUGACAGAAUAUUUGCAUUUGCUACGCAUUCUGGGCUUCUACAUUUAACUGACCCUGACUUUAACACAAUUCGCACAUUUAAGUGCCAUCGGUCGUCGAUUUUAUCUAUACAUACUGACGGGGAGUACUUUGCUACGGCGUCGAUAGAUGGUACAGUUGUAAUUGGGUCUAUUGAUGAUCCAAGCGAUAUUAUUGCGAUAGAUUUCAAGCGUCCAGUUCACGCUGUUGUGCUUGACCACAAUUAUAAAAGUUCAAAGACCUUCAUUUCGGGUGGUAUGGCAGGUGAAGUUAUAGUGUCUCAAAGGAACUGGAUGGGCAGUAGGGUUGAGAGUAGGAUUGAUAAGGGUAAGGGCCCUAUUUUAGGCAUUUACACUAUAGACGAUAUUAUAUUUUGGAUGAAUGAUAGCGGCAUUUCAUUUUACAGUAUUUCGGGGAAGAUGAAGCUUCUAAAUGUCCCAUUUUCUGAAGACAGCUCUGUUCGACCAGAUUUGUAUUGGCCUAAAGUGCAUUUUCCAGAGGUAAACUCCAUCAUAGUUUGUUGGGGGAGGAAUAUAUGGACUUUUAAAGUGUCUUUGACAACUGGGGUAGAUAGGCAACUGAAGCUAGGGUCUAUUUUGACGUCCGCUGCAUCUAGUUUGAGAACUGGGCCAGAUAAAAAGGUGGAGUUAGAAAGCUUUCUAAAGUUGGAUUGUUUGGUAGCCGGUGUGGCCUCCUUCAAGGACGACCAGUUGUUGGUUCUUGGUGUUAAUGCUUUUGAAUCUAAAAUCGAGCCCCCAGAAUUAAAAGUUAUUAACAUGUUAACUGGAGAGGAGCUACACAGUGAUGAGGUAGUAUCCAAGAACUUUCAAAACCUGACACUCAAUGACUACCAUCUAGGGAAAUAUAUUGGGACCAACACGCCUGAUUAUUUUUUAAUAAGUGCGAACGACGCUAUUUUGGUAAAAGAAUUAACACUAAUGGACAGUUAUAACUGGUAUAUGGAAAACUCUUUUUACUAUAGGGCUUGGGAACUAGGUAAAUUUAUCAUUGAUGAGUUCACUAGGUUCAACACGGGGUUAAGGCAUGUUCAGCAAUUAAUUGACGAUGAUAUUUGGCAAGAAGCCGCUGAAGUUCUAAAUAAGAUAUGUGGUGAAAUUUCCUGGAACACUAAUGAGGACUCUGAUUUAAAAUACGCUGCGAUAGAUGCCUGGCAAGAAAUCAUAGAGCAAUUUUUAAAAUCGGGUCAAGUUGAGGUUAUUGCUCCAUCGAUUCCUGAAUUUCCACGCAUGAAACCAGCAAUAUAUGAUAAUACAUUAAAGCAAUAUCUUGAAAAGGGGGAUUUUACAGGCUUUUUAUACUACAUUAAAACUUGGCCAGUUGAGUUAUAUUCUGUACACGAGUUCGAGGAAUUGUUAGAAGAGAAGAGCCAAAACAGUGAUGAAUUUGCCGCCGAAAUAUUUUGCAGAAGUUUAUGCCACCUUUAUUUGGAGCAGAAGAAGUUUCUACCAGCCGUUAAUCAUUUAAUCAGAUUGCAUGAUGCUCAAGCAUUAGAAAUUUUAAUAACUGAAAAUAUACUGGCAUCUUUCGGGGACAAGUUAGUUGACAUCAUAUUGUUGCCAUAUGAUGGAAAAGUUGAAGACCUUGAAAAAAUCCCACUAGAUAAAUUACAAGAAAUUCUCGGAAAGUCUAUUCAACUUCUAGUACAGAAUAGGAACUCCAUCCCACUCCAUAGGAUUUCGGAGGUGCUGUCUCCCUCCUUAAAAGUUGUUUUGUUCCUAUAUUUAAAAACUUUAUCCUCAAUUGAACCUUUGAUGGUAGCACCAUAUGAAACACAGUUAGUUGAGCUAUAUUCGAAAUACGAACCUGGUGAGCUUUUAAACUUUCUAAGAAAGCAUUCAAAUUACAACAUAGAAAGGGCGAUUGAAGUAUGUGAAAGAGAGGAUAGCCAUUACCAAGAGUUAAUAUAUUUAUGGGGUAAAAUUAGUGAAACCAAAAAGGCGCUAUCGUUAAUAAUAGAUAAGUUGAACGACCCUGCAUUGGCAAUAUCUUUUGUAAUCGACAGUAAUGACACUGAACUAUGGCACUUUUUGGUAAAUUAUAGUAUGGAUAAACCAAACUUCAUACGGAGUUUGUUGCAGUACCGUGAUGAAUUUGGGGAGAAAACACUUGAAAUCAUGAAGAAGAUCCCUCCCACAUCAGAAAUAGAUGAUGAAAUGAUAGAGAUAUUAAGAAAUAUAACCAAAGGAAAUUGGCUGAGCAAAAGGGUAAACCUGGGAGUUUUAAAGAUUAUAUAUGAUGAAACAAAGGACGUUGCUUUAGAAUUUUUGGAGGUCAGAAGUAGAGGUAAAGUAUUUAAUGCUGGAAGUUGA